AUGAAGGGGGAACCGGGCUACGUGCUGGGAGGGGUGGAAGUGAUUCCUGGCCGAAACGGACAACCAGGCUCUCCUGGGCAGAAAGGGCAGCCGGGAGUUCCUGGAGCAGCAGGACCGCCAGGGCCACAGGGACCACCUGGGAUGUCUGUGAAGGGUGAGCCUGGAGAUGCCGGUGGUAGAGGGCCUCGCGGGAGAAGCGGUGCCAAGGGUGACAAAGGAGAUGCAGGAGAGACCGGGAAAGCUGGUUUGCCUGGCCCUCUCGGGCUGGAUGGUGCUCCUGGAAUUCCCGGGCCAAGGGGAGAAAAGGGGGAGGCAGGGAUUGGCAUUCCAGGCAUACCUGGAUUUAAGGGAACAGAAGGUGGAAAGGGGGAAAUGGGGACACCCGGAGCACAAGGACAAAAGGGUGAACCAGGAUUGCCUGGAGAGGAAGGACUGACUGGCCCAAAGGGUAAAAAAGGCCAAGCAGGUGUCAAAGGGGAGAAGGGGGAGCGUGGAGAAAUGGGGCCAAAGGGACUUCAAGGAAUUGCUGGUCUUCCAGGAAUGGUGGGGCAGAAAGGAGACCAAGGAAGUCAGGGCUUUCCAGGUGCUCCGGCCAUGGGGGUUGUUGGACCUCCAGGCAAGAAGGGUGCCAGAGGGGAUAUUGGACCCAUCGGCCCCACAGGACCAGAGGGAAACAAAGGAAAACAAGGAGUUAAAGGAGAGAAGGGAAGUCCAGGUUUUGGCAUUCCAGGUCAACCGGGAUUGAAGGGGGACAUGGGCGAAAGGGGGAAUGUAGGUUUAUCCGGCAAACCUGGCCCAAAGGGGGAAAUGGGUCCAAGGGGAGAGAAAGGUGAACCAGGAAUACCUGGGAAACCAGGAGAGACCGGACUAAGAGGUAAAGAUGGAGAAGCAGGCGCCCCAGGGGAGCCAGGAGAGAGAGGAAUCCGGGGACCUUUCGGGCUUCCGGGACAUCGUGGAGAACAGGGGAUCAAAGGCGAGAUGGGAAAACCGGGACAGAAUGGAGUCGCCGGAGAGAAGGGAGACAAGGGUGAAGCUGGGAAGCCUGGGCCGCCUGGGUCACCUGGAAGCAUUGUGUCAUCUCUGGAUAAUAGCAUCACCAACAAAGGCAAUAAGGGAGAUCCAGGGGAUACAGGCGUGAAAGGAGAGAGAGGCCCUCCAGGUCCCAGGGGGCUGGAUAGUCUCCCAGGGCCUGCAGGUGGGACUCUGCUGGAUAACAUGUCAGAAAAGGGGACAAAAGGGGAAAAGGUGGCGGUUGGGAUCCAGCUGUAG